AUGUCCGCUAUCCAGAACCUCCACUCUUUCGACCCCUUUGCUGAUGCAAGUAAGGGUGAUGAUCUGCUUCCUGCUGGCACUGAGGAUUAUAUCCAUAUAAGAAUUAGACAGAGAAACGGUAGGAAGACCCUUACUACUGUCCAAGGGAUCUCUGAUGAUUACGAUAAAAAGAAACUAGUGAAGGCGUUUAAGAAGAAAUUUGCCUGCAAUGGUACUGUAAUUGAGCAACCAGAAUAUGGAGAAGUAAUUCAGCUACAGGGUGACCAGCGCAAGAACAUAUGCCAGUUCCUCAUGGAGACUGGACUGGCCAAGGACGACCAGCUGAAGGUUCAUGGGUUUUAAGUGCUUUUGGCUCACUGAAGCUUAAGCGAGGAUUUCCUUGCAAUGAGUAGAAUUUCCCUUCUGUCCCUUGUCACAAGCUUAAAAACCUCACAGCUUGUAUCAUGUAACCAUUUGGGGUCUGCUUUUAACUUGCACU